AUGCAAAGUAUGAGAUGCAUGAGCGAUGAAUUUAUUUGUGCAAGCGGAGACAAUGUGAGUGAGAGUUGUUGUCCAACCCCUCAACACUUAGUUUUAAACGUCCUGGUGGCAUUGAGCAUUUUUUGGUGCAAUGAGAAGCUAGGUUUGUUAAGCAACUCCAGAUGUGUUGCCUUGUUGUGGGUGCAUGGGUAUCAACUAAUUGGACAAGGUGUGCACUCUGCUUUGCUGCAAGCUGAUGUUGACAGCUUUGUGGCUUCAUGUGCGAAAUUGUACUGGCAGACUAUUGUGCAGACUAUUAUGUGA